ACCCGGGCAGGUGCUCGAGCGCCGUUGGGUUUCAUUUUUGGCGCGCUUUUCCGUUGUGGGGUUUGCAACAGCCCCUUUAAUUGUUGUGUCAAUUUCAGGGCAGGGCAACAAAAACCUUUCCCUAUCUUCCCAAAUAUCCACUAUCCCGGCUAUCCCUGAGGAGAACCCACCCUCAAUUUGGUAAACUUAGCCAGCAGUCACCUUUUUUCCCCACCCUUUGAACCUUAAAAGACUUCAAAAGAAACUUCCUUUUUAAAACAAAUACAGUUGGGCAGUCAAGGGCUCUCCUCUUAUUGACAAACUCUCUCAAGGGAUGUCUCAGGUGGUGGGAAGGCAAAUGGAAGGCAGUAACCUAGUGAACGUCGCUUACUCAGAAUCUGUGGCCAGUGGUAACGACUUGAGGGUUGUGGGUAACUUCGCUUCCCCCCUACCAUCGGGUGUGGCAUACCGGAUGGUGUCUAUGCGCUCACCCACUUGUGCCCGCUGUCGUAACCAUGGAAUCACCAUGCCUCUGAAAGGUCAUAAGAAAAGUUGUCAGUGGCAGACCUGUCAGUGUGACAAAUGCAUCCUAAUCUUAGAACGCCGACGUGUCAUGGCUGCUCAGGUAGCUCUGCGCCGGCAACAGGAGGCCGAGCUGAAGAAAAGACUGGCCAAGGGCCUACUCAAAUUUGACGAGGCUGCAGGAAGGAAGCUGGAAGGGGCCAUACAACAGCCUCUUAUCCAUCAAGCCAAGGAGAAGACUGAAGUUCAACUUUCAGAUUCCAGAGCAGCCGAUGUGAUGAAGUGUUUCACCAUCCAACAGAGUCCGGGAGUUGUUGUCAAGCGGGCGAUGCAGCCAGCGUGCAGGAUCACUCAGCAGCACACCACCUUCCCGCCGACGCUAGUCACCUGUACGUCUUGUCCUGAUGUGGGCACCCCCACCCUGCACAACGUCCCUCCGCCAACCCUCAUCCAUGGCUACCCCAGCCACCACGCUCUGCUCUGCCAGGUGUUCCCUCAGCACAGCCCGCGUCUACUGGAGACCGUCCUGGAGCGUUGCCAUGGAGACGUGGUCCUGGCUAUAGAGAGUGUUGUGUCACCACACCAGGGCCAGAGUGACGCCAUGGCGCAGCCACCAAUCUCCGGUCAGCCAUUGCAGCAACAGCUCACCGCUCCCUACUGGUAUCCGAGUCCCCACAUCACGUCACUGCAGUUCACCAACCCGGUCAGGUUUCCAUUAUCUGCCUCCUCCCCUGGAUUAACACCUCGGUCUCCUCACAUUGAGCCCCGGCCGCCAGUCCCCUACAUCUGUGGGACGGUGAGGCCCAGCAUCUCGGGCAGUGAGUCUUUGCCUGUGCCACAGCCUCCCGCAUCCCAGGCAAACAGUUCCGGUCAGACCGAGUGCACGCCUGUUAGACCCAGAGCAGCAUACCAGAAUCCGACGCGAAGUGGGAAGGCGCUCUGCGCCCCGAGGAGGCUCUCCUUCGUCUCGCUCCUGUCCGAGGAGCAGCUGCACCAGGAAGCUGCUGAGGCCCUGAUGGUGCUGAGCUACUCCCCGACUCCGGCGUCCAGCCAAACCCCGAGCUCCGGCCAGCGUCACCAAGACGGCUCCCUGCCACAGCCGCCUGCCCCCAGCCCCCCAUCGGCCUCCCGCGGCCACUCCCUGUCCAUGCCCACCACCACUGGCAGCGGGGGUCUGAUAGGAUCCAUGGUCCCCCCAGCGGUCUCCCUGGACUGCACUGUGGUGACCCCCGCAGAGGGAGCGGAGAUCAGGCUGCAGGCUGACCCGUUGGAGAGCUGCAACAUGAACGGUUCGAGAGAACCAACUGGUCCUGGUGCACCCUGCUGGAACCUAGCCACUGCCCCGUUGGUGGAAAUGGCCCAGUACCUGAGUGAUGACAAGGAUGAAGGAGACAAGAGGAACGUGCUUGGUGUUGAGUUGACAUGUGGUGUCUGUAUGGGAUUCUACCAGGACCCAGUGCGUCUGCCCUGUGAGCACAGCUUCUGCAAAGUCUGCAUUGACCAGGUCUUUGAGAAUAUGGAGCCAGAAUCAGAUUACCGCUGCCCCAUCUGCAGGCAGUCCUACCAGAGCAAGCCAAAGAUGACCAAGCACCUAGUCCUGGUCAGGCUGGUGGAGGCCUACAACAAGAUGAUGCACAGUAAAGUGUGUCCCGCCUCCUUGGAGGAGGUAGAAAAUUCCCAUACUGCUGUCGAAAGCAGCCUGGGAGGGAGAACCUGCCGGAUUCACUCUGGGGAAGAGUUGACUCAUUUAUGCUUCAAGGAAUGGGAGCUGCUAUGCCCCUUGUGUGUAUCGAGUGAUCACCAUGUGAACCACACUGCCACGUCAUUGGUUCAGGUCACCGAAGAUUGGAAGAAAAUGCUGCCAAAUAUUGUUGAAAGUCUGGAAGAAAAUCACGCAAAGUUGUCUGUCCAGAUCAUGCAGUACGUGGAGCUGGAGGAGAAGGCAAACGUGGAGAUCGCUGAUGCCAAGGACAGGGCAGAAGGUCAGAUCGACCGCCUGAUCGAGUUCCUGCAGAACGAGAAGGAGCGGUUGAUGAUUGACAUGCAACACGUCGGGAAUGACCACCUCGAUUCCAUCCACGGCCUCCAGGCACAGGCCAUGCACAGGCUGGAACAUUGCGAGGAUACCAUCCAAUCGUUCCGGGAGGCAUCCAGGCUUCGGGACGACUUCGAGUUUGUCAGAGGUAUGAUGGAGUUCAUGCAGAGGAUGGAAACACUGAUCAUUUCCCCAGAUGAUGAGAUUGUUCAACCCAGCCUAAAUUUUGAUGGGAUUCCUUUACCUUCAGUCCUUCAAGCAUGGAAAAAUGAGGACUUGGUGGAAGAAGGGGAGGAGGAGGAGGAGGAUGACAAUGAAGAUGAGUUGUCUGUCAACGAUGAUGAUGAAAAUGAGGAUUUUUGUCAACUUCAAUCUUUGCGUUACUCUGGUUUGGUUUAAGUUUAAUAGAGGAAGUUCAUUAGAAUUUGAAACAGGCCAUUUGUGCUCAAUGCAAUAUUUCUGUGGUGUAAUUUUUAUUUGAUUUGAUGUGAACAUGAGACUGCUGCAUCCCACUGGGGAAGGUUGUGUAAUAUUCAAUUUCAUUUCAGUCCAUACUCACGGACAGCAACACUUGACAAGCAGAGAAUAUCAGGGAUUGUGAUAGUUAGGAAUAGUUGGGAAUGUGAGAGAAACAUUGACAAUGAGAGGGAAUUUCAGAAUUAGAGGGGGAAUAAUAGACUGAUGAGGAGUUUAAAAACAUGCAUAUCACACAGUGGCAGCCAAUGAUCAAACAUAUGCCCAUGACACACAACAGCAUUACCAUCAAUGAAUCCUCCACUUAGCAAUGUCCUGAGAGCGACCAUUGAGCAGAAACUAAACUGGAUUCAUCGUGGGUGGCACAGUGGUCUGCACUGCUGCCUCACACUGCCAGAGACCUAGGU